AUGGCUAGAUCCCUCAUCCUUUUCACUAUAUUCCUCUCCACCAUCGCCGCAGACGCCGCGGCCUCCGGCGCUAGUGGGAAAUCCCACCGUUUUUCCAGAAACCUUUCUCCCAAAUCGAUUGGCCACAAGCACGAGAAGCUCAGUCAUCUCCACUUCUACUUCCACGACAUCGUCACCCACCAUAACCCCACCACCGUGAGGGUCGCUGAGGCCACCAUGAGCAACACGUCGGUGACGACGUUCGGCGACGUGUUUGUGAUGGGCGAUCCUUUGACUGUGGGACCCGAACCCAGCUCCAAGCUGGUAGGAAGAGCCCAAGGAAUAUAUGCGUCGGCGUGGCAGGAGGAAGUGGGCUUGUUGAUGGUGAUGAAUUUUGCUUUCAUGGAGGGCAAGUAUAACGGCAGUACUCUCAGUGUUUUGGAACGAAACACCAUUUUCUCAGAGGUGCGGGAGAUGCCGAUCAUCGGCGGGAGUGGGCUUUUCCGAUUUGCACGUGGGUAUGUUGAGGCGAGGACUUACAGCUUUAACGUCAAAUCAAGAAAUGCGGUUGUGGAGUAUAAUGUUCAUGCUUUGCAUGACUGA